AUGUCUGCCUACACUGUCAGCGAUUCGGAAUUCCAGAAGUUGGAGGGCAAAGUCAUCUUGGUCACUGGAGGUGCGGCUGGCAUUGGAAGAGCCAUUGUCGAUCUCGCUCAUCGGCAUGGGGCAAAAGUAGCAUUAUGCGAUGUUGACGAGACUCGAGGAAAGCAAGUCCAGAAAGAGCUCGGAAACAUCAAUAGCGUUUUCUUCAAAAAAUGUGACAUCUCGGACUGGGACGACCUUGUCAGCUUCUUUGAAGAUGUUCAUUCAGAGCUUGGUCCCAUUGAUACCGUCAUUUCGAAUGCCGCAAUCAACAAAGUCGAGACUCUGGACGAGCCGAACCCUGGAGCAGACUGGUAUCCUCAAAAACCUGAUGUUUCGGUUCUCAAUGUCAACAUGGCUGGCACGUGGUACGUGACCAAAUGUGCCAUCGGUUUCUUUCGCAAGAACCCGGAGACGAGAUCUCAACUGGUUCUAUUCGGGUCCGCCGCUAGCUUCUUCGAUACGCCACCCUGCUACACCUACUGUGCCAGCAAGGCGGCUGUUCUGGGCCUUAUGCGCGCCAUGAGGACUCAAUUGCCGAAAAUGAAUAUCACUGUCAAUAUGAUCGCACCUUGGAUGACAGGAAGCUGA